UUAAUGCAUUAUAUUGCAUAAAAAGUGUUUCGAAAGGGACAGAUAUCUAUAAAAAAAGAAGGGAAAAAAGUAUAGCUUUAUCAUAACAAAAUUUAUACUACAAUUGAGAUCUUGUAUCCAGUUUAUUGGAUAUUACAAACCUUGUUUUUCCAAAGAAUUGUAGGAUUAUAUUACAUUAAAAAUGGCUCAAGAAGUUGAAGAAACCAUGAAACGAAUUCAAUCUCAUAAGGGUGUAGUUGGCACAAUAGUUGUUAAUGCAGAAGGUAUUCCGAUUAAAUCAACAUUAGAUAAUACAACAACAGUUCAAUAUGCAGGCUUAAUAAGUCAAUUAUCUGACAAAGCUCGUUCUGUUGUGCGUGAUUUGGAUCCAACAAAUGAUUUAACUUUUUUGCGCAUACGUAGCAAAAAACAUGAAAUUAUGGUUGCACCAGAUAAAGAGUUUAUAUUAAUAGUAGUACAAAAUCCUGUUGAUUGAUUCAAAAGAAACACAGCUUUAUUAAGAGAGAUUGCAAAAUUAACACAUUUCUUUGGAUAUUAAUUUAUUAUGUACACUGCAUUUCAUUUUAAUAUUUAAUCAAUUAGCUAAUGAAAAAAUAAAGCUUAAAUCUUAUAUAAUGUAAUAAUAUUUAAUUAUUAAGCUAAUUUAGUGAAUUAUAAAUUUUAAGAUCUUUAAAACGUUUCCUUUUUUAGCAAAUAUUUUAUGUUUCCAAAUCAAAUUGGAUUAUGAAUAAAUGCUAUAUUGAUCAUUCCUAA